CUGAACUUCUGUUUGCUCAUUAAUGUCUCCCUCACCAGGAAGGCAUUGUGAUCCGAGGAAUUAGCAGAGUCUAGUUGGGCUGGUGCUUCUCUGCAAAACUGAGUUUUAAUGGAACAGUCUGUAGGAUCAUCACAGACACUCCAUGAGAAAAUUCUGGAGGAGAUCAAGCAGGAAAGGAAGCUCCGGCCUGUGGAGUCACAGUGUCAGAAUCAGAAAGGGUUCGGCUCUCUGCCCUGCAUUAUGAAUGCCUGCUCCGAUGGUGCAAAGUUGACCACCUGCAUCAGCCUCUUGGAGGUCUCGGGCUUCAACAUCCCUCCUCAGCGCCAGAGGCCAAGGGUCUUGUUGAAGGCUCCCACACUGGCAGAGAUGGAGGAGAUGAUUACCUCUGAAGCAGAAGACUCUCCGAGCCCUGAGGCUGUGCAGGAACCUGGUCCACUGAUGCCCCUGAAGCGUGACCGCUCCUUCUCGGAGCAAGACUUGGCCCAGUUUCAGAGUGAGAGCAGCAGCAGCAGCCAGCCUGACUCGGAGUACUUGGGACCCAGUGGGUCUGAGCCAAGACCCUGCUCAGGUACCGUGAGCCCUGCAUGGACCAGCAUGGAAAAUACGGGUUCAGUUCCGGCUAGCUACCCCCAGGCUCUCUGUGAUGCCAGAUCUUUCCCCCGCGAGCACGGUUUUCUCAGCUCAGUGGAGGAGAAGUCAGAGGCUGGUUCCAGUACUGCCUCAGAUGCCAAUUUGAAAGAUUUGCGGCUGCAGGAGUUCAGCCACCCUGUGGAGAGCCUGGCGCUCACCGUGGAGGAGAUGAUCAACGUGCGCCAGGUGCUGGCGAAAGCAGAGAUGGAGAAGUUCCUGCAGAGCAAGGAGCUGUACAGCAGCCUGAAGAAAGGGAAGAUCUGCUGCUGCUGCAGAACCAAGUUUGCUCUGUUUUCCUGGCCCCCGACUUGCCUCUUCUGCAAGAGGUCUGUCUGCAGCUCCUGCAGUCUAAAGAUCAAGUUGCCUUCCAAGAAGCUUGCCCAUAUCCCUGUCUAUGCCCUGGGCUUUGAGACUGUGCCAGGCUCAUUGGGUACCAAGGCACCCCCAUUCUGGAGGAGGGAGGCUUUCCAGGCAGAGGUGGCAGACUUUCUGCUGGGACUCUUGUGUGUCCACGAUUCUGUGAACUGUGGAAUGGUCUCUCCGAUGAGGUGCGCCUGGCGCCGACGCUGCUAUCUUUUCGGCGCCAGCUCCCUGCAGGGCAUGCACUGGCGCAGCGUGGAGGAGGAGUUCCCCUACAUCUACGUGCAUGGCUCUGUGCUCAAGGAUGUUUGCAGUGAUUGUUCUGGCUUCGUCAAGGACAUUGUCAGCUCCAGCCGCAAGACCAUGGACAUCCUGAAUACCACCCCGUGCAGGAGCCGCAAGACCCAAUCUCUCUACAUCCCAUCCAGCUAGAUGUCCCACCUCUGCCACUGGUCCCCCCCCUCCAGUGCCCUCUGCACCCAACCUUUGCUUUUUGCUGCUCCAUAUUUUUAAGCACCAGUCAGGGGGACACACACUUUCCCUGGCCCAGGAAGCUCUGGCUGGCUUUGUCUGGACUCCCUGAGGAUCCUGGCCUCCUUGCUUAUUUGUGUCUGCUCAGAUGUCCAGCCCAUCCCUUCCCCCUUGCCCACCCCCUAUGAAUGUCCCCUGCCUGCCUGCCUGUGUACAUAUAUACAUAACCUAUAGAGACACUAUAUUUAUAUUUGUGGAUCAGUUGCUGUGGUGAUGCCCCUGCCUGGCAAAUGAGGACUGUACUGGAGGAAACUCCCUGGCAGUCUUCCCAUUCCCACAUCCCCGCCGCCACCAUCGCACUUGUUUUGGAUUGUAAGAAAGCCAGAUUUGGGGCAGGAUAGUUCCAGAGCAUUUGGGAGCUUGGCUGUCUCUGUUGCUGCAAAUGCAGCCUAGAACGCAAGGCCACCCACACACCCUGCCCUGCCUUGGAGUUCUCUUGCAGACUCUGCCCUUUCAGCAAUGAUAGUGAGAGAGGCUCUUUCUGAGAUCUCUGCAGGGGAUGUCCUAUUGGUGCGCCUUCUGCUCUUGUGGAAAGUGGACCCAUCAUGCAGCAGUCUGUCUGCUGCUUGCCGCUGUCACAGUCUCUCCUCCUCCUCCUCCAAGCUACUUUUCUUGUCCUUUCCCUCAUUUCCUGUCUGCCUUUCUCCCCCUUCCAAGCAGUGGGAGGUGCUUUUUAACGCCUGUUCAGACAAUCACUUCCUGCCUUCUAAUCCUUGCUUUUGUUGGGGCUGUGACUUCAGGAGGAAUGGGGGUCUUUUCUCUCCCUGCGAAUUAACGUGUCUUCCCCCCGCCCCCUCCUGUGAAUUAAUGUGUUUUGUUUUGUUUUGUACAGCAAACAAUAAAAUACCUCAUUUUUGUAA